AUGCAUUUAGAACGCCGAGCUCAGUUCCCGUACUGCCGCUGCAACCGCGGCAAGGUCAACAAUCCGUACGACUUGAUCUUCAACUCCUCUAGGUUGCUGAGAGAUGGAACCAUCCGAAGCUGCUUCCGCGUGGCACAGAUCCUGAGCUGUGGCGGUCUGAAGGACCGGGCGAAGAGCUGCUGUGAAUCAACGCUGAAAGACUUUCGAAAAUUGGAGCUUGAGGCGGGUGAAAUUUCGGACCCCGCGAACCCUCAUCUGGCAGCCACCGAGCCUCAUCUAGCUGUCCCGAAGGCGGCCGGGCGCCUCAUCUAG